UCAUCAAUCAUGAAUGUGAAAAUGUUUGAAAAAUUAUUAAUUACUUUUUUCCUAUUAAUAUUUAUCGAUAAAUCAGCAUCGAUAACCAAUUCAAAUGAUUUUUAUCUUUGGAAUCGUUUGUUAAAUGUUUCGAAUGAAACAUUAGCCAAAAUAUUUUUACCAAAUUAUAUCGAAACCGAUGGACCAUUAUUUCGAAAUGAAAAUUUAACCGAAAAAUGUCUAACAAAUUUGAUAUAUAUUCGUGAUUCAAUGUUUGGUGAACAAAGAAAAACAUGGGCUUUUCGUUUAUUCAAUUCAUGGCCAUCAUCAAUUAUACCGGUCGGUAUGAUACUUGGAACUAUGACCGAUUAUGGUGAUUAUGAUCAAUGUAUGAGUAUUGAUCCUUCUGAUUUGAUUGUAAAAUAUUGUCUAAUUGAUAUGACAAUACCAAUGCCAAUGCCAAGACCAUCAAUGCAUAAUCUAUUUCAUACGACAAAAAAUAUUCUUCCUAAUGAAAUUAUCAAUAAUAAAUCAAUGUCUGGAAAUUUUUAUUAUGAUUUGGGUAAAAUGUCAUCAUUUUUUUAUUAUUCAACAAUUCGUAAAGGAAUUUGUCUACCAACUGAUUGUAUUGAUAAAGAUAUUGAAAUCAUUACUGAAAAAGGAUUCGGCAGAGAAAUAUUUGAUUUGAAAAUAAAUAAAAUGAUUUGCACUACAAAACAAACAAAAUCAUGGCAACCAAACAAUGUACAAAUAUUAUCCAUAUUGUUUAUCGGAUUUUUUAUUCUAAUGACAAUUAUUUCGGGUAUUUAUGAUUGGUUUAUUGUGAAGAAAAAAUCAAAUACAAUUACAACAUGUUUACUUUGGUUUUCACCAAUGUCAAAUAUGGAAAAAAUUUUAUCAUCAAAAAUGGAUGGUCAAGAUUUAACCUGUUUACAUGGAAUUCGUGUAUUGAGUAUGUGUUGGAUAAUAAUGGGUCAUAUUAUUCCAUUUUUUGAUAUGAAUCGAUUUUCACAUUUAUUUUUAUUGAAAAAUGAAAUUAUCAAUAUUUAUUCACAGCCAUUAUUAAAAGGAUUUUAUGCUGUUGAAACAUUUUUUUUCUUAAGUGGAAUGUUAGUUUCAUAUACAACAAUAAGAUUAACCAAUGGUAAUUAUAAAAAUUUUCGUAUCAUACCAUUUCUUUUGAUAAGAUUUUUACGACUAACACCACAAUUAUUGGCAUUCAUGAUCAUCAUAACAAUAUUACCACCAUUGUUUGAUGGACCUGUUUGGCAAUAUCGUAUGCAAUGGAUGAUCGAUUCAUGUGAAAAAUCUUGGUGGAAAAAUUUAAUCUUUUUACAAAAUCUAAUCAAUUCCGAUGAUAUGUGUGAACCACAUCUAUGGUAUUUGGCUGCUGAUAUGCAAUUACAUUGGUUAUCGCUGUUACCGUUAAUCUUUCUAUUGAAAAAUCCAAAACGUGGAUUAUUGUUCAAAAAUUCACCACCAGGUGCAAUUGUUAGUUCACCUGGUGAUUUUCGUGUCGGUAAUAAAUCCGGAAAAUUUCUAAAAUUUUAUGAUAAACCAUGGAGUCAUGCACAUGUAUUUCUUAUUGGUUUUAUUUUCGGUUAUCAUUUACGACAAAUCAAACCUAAUCAUUUUCAUUGGACUAAAUGGAAAACAUUGAUGGCAUGGAUGACUAUUAUUAUAGGAAUAAUAAUUUGUAUAUAUGAUACAUAUCCAUGGCUUUCUGGUCUACCAUAUCUACCUAUUUGGUCAGCAUUAAUAUCACCAUUAAAUGGAUUAUUAUGGUCAAUGAUAUUAACAAUAAUUAUAUUUAUCUGUAUUACUGAUCCGGAAUCAUUUAUAUCAAAAAUAUUAUCUUGGUCAUUUUUUCGACCAUUAUCACGAAUGACAUUUUCAGUUUUUCUUACACAUUUUCUUGUUAUAUAUGUUAUACGUGAUUCAAGUCGUAAUCUUUUUCAUUUACAUUAUCCAUCAAUAAUAAUGUUAAACGUAUCGGCAAUAUGUCUUGCCUAUUCACUUGGAUUCUUAUUUACAUUGUUAUUUGAAAGUCCAAUUGUAUCUAAAAUAAUAUUAUUAGAACGAUCACAAUCACAUUUAUAUCGACGAAUACGUUUAAAUGUAUCACCGGAUGAUAUUGCAUUUGCAUUGAAUCUGGAUUUUUAGAAAAACUGUGAUUUUUUAAAAAAUUAAAAUUAAAUUAA